CUCAGCUCGGCUCUGCUCUGCUGUGCUCUGGCCUCGCACACUCGCUACCAAAUCUCCGGCGACUGACGGACAGAUAUCUGCACACCUUAGCUCCUAGUUAAUCACAAUUCUCCCAGGGGUGUGAUGGAGGGGGGUUGACCUGGUGCCCCAUGGGAAGUUUGUGUUUCUGUGAGCCAAAAGGACGCAGGGCCAACGCAGGCACCAUCAUGUAUCCAGCCCCAGAAGCCCCAGCUAGCCGGCGUCUUCUCGGCCCACCGGGGAGACACCCAUGACUCCCAGCCUCUCUCCGCCUCGAGCGAGCGACCGACCGGGGACCGAUCUUCCAUCCGGACUGUUUGCUGUUGAUGCAUGGAGCCCGAUGAGACUCAUAGAGGAAUGAACAUGUACCUUUGGUGGAUUUUACUGCAAGGAUUCUGGAGCGUUUAUGGGGAACUUCCAUUCAUUGCAGACAAUAACGCAGCCAUGUUGGUCAACUGGAAUGCAGUCGAUGGAAACAAGAAGUUGUUUGCAAUCUAUGAUACCAGCGUGAAUGAACCAGGGAACAUGUCUUUUGUGAAAGAGACGGUGGACAAACUACUAAAGGGAUAUGAUAUUCGUCUUCGACCAGACUUUGGAGGGGCCCCUGUUGCAGUUGGCAUGAGUAUAGAUGUGGCGAGCAUAGACAUGGUAUCCGAAGUCAACAUGGACUACACUUUAACCAUGUACUUCCAGCAGUACUGGAGGGACAAGAGGCUGGCGUACUUAGGGAUCCCACUGAACCUCACCCUGGAUAACCGGGUAGCAGAUUCACUCUGGGUCCCUGACACCUACUUCCUGAAUGACAAGAAGUCCUUCGUCCACGGUGUGACGGUCAAGAACCGCAUGAUCCGCCUCCACCCGGAUGGAACAGUGCUCUACGGCCUGAGGAUCACAACGACGGCAGCCUGUAUGAUGGACCUGAGGAGGUACCCUCUGGACGAGCAGAACUGCACUCUGGAGAUCGAGAGCUAUGGAUACACGACAGAUGACAUUGAGUUCUACUGGAAGGGAGGAGACAAUGCGGUGACAGGGGUGACACGCAUUGAGCUGCCACAGUUCUCCAUAGUGGACUACAAGCUGGUGUCCAGAAAUGUUGUCUUUUCCACAGGUGCCUACCCACGACUGUCUUUGAGCUUCAAGCUAAAGAGGAACAUCGGCUACUUUAUCCUGCAGACCUACAUGCCCUCCAUCCUGAUCACCAUCUUGUCCUGGGUCUCCUUCUGGAUCAAUUACGAUGCCUCGGCUGCAAGAGUGGCAUUAGGGAUCACCACUGUGCUCACCAUGACCACCAUCAACACCCAUCUGAGAGAGACGCUCCCCAAGAUCCCCUACGUCAAGGCCAUCGACAUGUACCUGAUGGGCUGCUUCGUCAUGGUCUUCCUGGCCCUGCUGGAGUACGCCUUCGUCAACUACAUCUUCUUCGGCCGGGGACCACAAAUGCAGAAGAAGCUGGCAGAGAAAGCCGAGAGGGCCAACAAUGAGAGGGCGGCCAAAUACGACACCAAUCGGGCGGAGUCCCACGGUAAUAUCCUGCUGACCACCCUGGAGAUCCACAACGAGGUGGCAGGAAAUGAGGUCACCACCAGCCUGGCGGACAGCAGGAACUCCUCCGUCAUGGGAUUUGACAACACCAGCACAGGUACCGGCGUCCAGUGCAGGAAGGCGAGCCGGUCCUCGGGUCCUCGCCACAGCCUCGACAGGCACGCCCAGCUCAAGAGGCACAAACUGCGGCGGCGCUCGUCGCAGCUCAAAAUCAAAAUCCCUGACCUGACGGACGUAAACGCCAUCGACAGGUGGUCGCGGAUUAUCUUCCCCUCCGUUUUCUCCCUCUUUAAUCUAAUCUACUGGAUGUAUUAUGUCAACUGAUUGACUGACUUUAGGGUUAGGUGGUGUUAAGAGUAUUUUUUUUUUCCUUCGUCAUUGUUUUGUCUUUUUUACGCGACAGGAAAUGUUUUGCUAUCGAAAAACAAAGGACUGCCUCUAUAUGGCACAGACAAAAUGCUUUGACUUCUUUGUUAAAGUUUUUAUAUUUGCAGUCAUACUCAAAUUAUGGAUUGCGGUGGAUUGCUAAUUCUGAAAAUGUUGUACAGAACUAUGUGGAUAAAUACCCAUACCGUAGGACUGGUACUGUAUAUUUCCCAGUAUUCUUGCCCCUCUGUAGUUUGAUAAUGGAGAUCUUUAUACCCAAUUCAAUAUGUGCAAUUUGCAAGAAAGAGAAGGUAAUUCUUACAUUGUUUUGUUUUUUAAACAAACCCAAAUAAAAUAAAAAUGUUAUGUAAUGUAUUAUGCAUAUACACAAUGAAUUGUAAUGAAUACUUUAUAAUUAUUUACAUAUUAUUUGUCAUUUAUGCGAAUCAAUGCAAAAAAUAUAUACUCAUGUUUUGUGAUGCUUUAUCACGUAUAUAUUUUUGUCUUGGUCAGAUAAUAUAAUUUUUAAGUGCACAUACAGUAUUUGCAAAUUUUACAGUGAAGUGGUCCUGUUAAUGUAUGUCUAUGUACAGUGUAUUAUUAUUAUUAUUAAUAGUAGUAUUGCUAUUAUUAUUAUUAUUACCAUUAUUACAUACUGAACUAUACCAUUUUAACAUAGGUGCAAAUUAAUGUCUACUGUUGAGGGUUUAAUAUCUCAGGUUCUGCAUUUUGCUAAUUGGCAACCAUUACGUUUUCAAAAUCCUGUCAAACAGUCUUGAAAUUGGAAUAUUGAUUGGGAAUCUAAACAUACCCACCACUGCACUCAAUGAAUCUGUUACGGUUCACAUCUUUUCUACCUGAUAUUGUGAAUGCAUGACAGGAUUUCACUCAGUAAAUUGACGACAUUUCUUUAAAUCAGCUCCAUCUUCGAUAGCUGUCGAACUCUCCUGCCAACGGCCUAGUGCUAUGUACUGUAUCACGUCUUUGUGAAAUGUUCUGAUAUUUUUGUAAGGUGUAACGUUGACUAAAGCUACAGUAUAUUAACGCCCUCUCUUGCGCGCUAGCAUUGUAGAAAAUAGAUUCCCUCGGUUCACAGCAUUCCAUGGAAGUGGCAGGGUUGAGGGUUUGUUUGGUUUUUAGCAUUUGACUGAUCUUUACUGCUGAAAUGACCUCCAACUGUAAAUAUAAUGUAUAUAACAGAUUUGACGUAAGUGUGCAUUUUUUAUCAUUAUUUGGGGUUGUCUAAUUAGUUGUCUGUUUUUAUAAGACAAUGUGAAAUACCGAUGACAUUUCUGUCCUCUUUAAAUGCUUGAAAAUCUAUUGAAUGAACAUGUGGGGUUGAUCAUAUUUUUGGGGGGAUUCCUUUCUUCAGGUUUAGAAGCGAUGAGACUAUCUGUCAAAUGCACAGGCAAUAUAAAUAAUAGAACGAAACACAUUGUAAAUCAAGGGCAUUGCGAACCACUGAUAUACACAGUACAUCAUCCAUUUCUAUAUUUCUAUCAUCUACUCGGCACAGCUAUCAUAGAGGCACAUACGAUGUGUCAGUCUCUCAGUUUUACAACUGAUGCAUGAAUUCUGUUCUACAGGGCAAGGACAACGAGCCAUAGUCAUUAGAUUGUAACCGAACAGCUAACACAUCCCAUUAGGAAAUGUAAUCAACGGCAUGGGAGUAGCUAACAUUUGGUGAAACAUUCCCGUUGUUCAAAUCAUGCUGCUCUGGGCGAGAGAACAUGCCUAGAUGGCACUGUUUCUUGUUUCUCUAUGCAUGUUAUAUUGCAUGAGUAAUGUCGAUUAAAAACAACAACAAAAACACUUAACCCUACCAUCUUAAACCUGUAUCGCAGGUUCCAAGUACAGUUCCAAGAGAUUGUGAUAAACUGCCAUUCUCUGGUUGGUUACAGAGCAACCAAUCAUAUCCUGGGGUCAAUGGCUGGGAUUCACAACGACAGUCUUCAAAUAUAUAACACAUGUAUAUACGCAUAAAGAAUUAAUCGCGUGCCCAUGUAUUUUACCAUUACCAACUUGCAGCCAAUUGCUUAUAGUAGUGACAUGUAUCUCUGGUAUGUAAAUAUGCUUUGCUACUUGAUCAUUAAGCUUGUUGUGUGUUUUGGGUUUGAGUGAUAUAAUGGUAAUGUGUGUGGUUACACACGCUGGCCUAUAACAGUUCCAGACCCCGGGGUUUCCCUUCUCUACUGUGUAGAUGAGGCCGUGUUGGCUGGGUCUUGGUGUAAGAUGACUAAUAUCUCUUGGUCUUGGUGUAAGAUGAGUUAUUUAUCUUGUUCUUGGUGCAAGAUGAAUCAAAUAUCUUGUUCUUGGUGUAAGAUGAGUAAUCUUUCCCGAGACGUAAAGACUUGAGUUAGCCCUUCAGAGCUAAUGCCUAGUCUUUAGAUCAGAGGGCUGAGGGUCUUGUGGCAUGCAGGAGACCUGGGUUUGAAUCCCAGUCAGUCACAUUGGCACCUUCAAUCUGACACUGUUUCAUGCAUUAAGUGCACUCAUCUUUGCUGGCUUCUAAUGUUGUCUGGCCCAUUAUGGAAUGUCAACAUGUUCUGUUCUGCCAUAAAUGUAUAUUUAGGUAUAGAUAUCUGUGUUUAUGUUUCUCUCCCUUAUUUCUUUAGGUUAUAAAGUUGCUCUAUUAAUGAAAUAAUGUCAAAUGUAUGACAGUAAUAUCGGGUUUUGCAUCCAUUCAAAUCCAUGUUUUCUGUAACACUUCUGUUAUAAACUAUAGCAACAGGAUGAACAAUGGACAGACUUCAAAGACAACAUUUCUUGUUCCUAAUGCAUUUCUGUUGAAUGAUUGAAUCUAGACAAAGUCCAAUAGUUUAUGUUUUAUAUGUCAGGUGAAGAUAACCAGUAUUCCUGGAUUACCAGUAUUCCUGGAUUGUGAUUAAAACUGUAUUUAUC